UUGCAUCCUGAGUUUUGUAAAGAAUUUCAAUGUUAUCAAUAUUACUGACUUUGUUUGUCAUUGCAGGCUUCGGUCUAUCCCUUUUCCUCAUAGUUUUACUUUUUCUGAAUCCGAAAAAUUACAGAAUUUCUGAUGGGGAUCCAACCAUUAUAAUAUUAAAAUUAGUGGAAGCCCAUCGGGAGACUCUUCCUGUAAAUACAUCUCAUGGUUGGAAUCUCGCAUCAUGUAGUUCAAGUCUGCGUUGUUGGAAGAAGGAACUUUCCUUCAAUAUUAUUGGAUCACCUUUAGUAGUUUAUGCUUGUUCUAAAGAAAUAAACUGUGCUGCUGUGAUAUUAUUAAAUGUGAUUGCUGAUGUCUCCACUUGGCCUGAGUGGGACAUUCACGCUCAAGAUCAAAAUGUUCAUCUCGAAUUGCCAGAAAAUCCUCUUCUCCAUGGUGAUGCCUAUAUGCAGUGUGAUCAGCUAGUACUGACCACUUCCAAACUGAAAGCAAAGCCUGAAGUAGAAAUGUUUCGCUUUGGUAACUUAGAAAGCAAUGGUACUGGUUGGAUACUAUUGUGGAAUGCGAAACAACUUGAUUGGAUACUAUACAUUGCUCAACCUAUUGAUAAUGAUACAGGAAACGAAGAAUCAAAGUGUCUAUUGACUGCCAUUUGGGGAUGUCAACUAAAACAGCCCACCUGUAACAUACCAGAAGCUUUGUGUACAAAAGUGCUUAAUUUAUCAGAGGCUAUAGCCUUAAGUCAAUUGAAGAUCCGUCCAUUUGAGUCAAUGGUGCAUGCAUCUUUCAAGUAUCCUCAUGUUCCAACUAUCCACUCAGCUCUUAGUGAUCUCCCAUGCAACCCUUGUGUUCUUUUGAAACACGAGAAGAAAGAACAAAUCACAUCAUUCCAAAAUAGAGUUUUAGCUGUGUUGCCUCAUUCGCCUCAUAAGCCUCUCACCAUCAGCAAUGUUGCAGGGUUUUCUUUAAUAUUAUAUCCCAUGAAGAAAACUCAUAAGUCCUGCACAAAUGGGAAUUCAUCACCAGCCGAGGAAAAAAGAAAAUCUCGGAGGAGACAAAAGUUCAGAAGUGACUCUGUUACUUCAGCCUUUCCUCGUUUAAAGCAUUUGGACAUAGAAAAUAGAAGAUCCUCUUCGCUUUCUAAUCCUCUCCGGAAGAAACUACCUGAGCUUACCGUUACACAGCCAGAAGAAGAAGCAAGCCCUCCUCAACGAUCUUCUAGUCAUUCAUUUCUCGACGUCUUAUUCCAGCGCCGACGCUCAUCUGAUGGAACUAGCAAACGAAGCAGAAGUCCUUCUCCAUCCAUUAAGAUAUCAACAAAAGAGAAAAGGAAUAGAUUUUCUUUUGAAAAGACCGCUUCUAUGUCUAGUCAAGAAGACAGUUGUGGAUUACUUUGUCCAGAUAUGGAACUUUCUGAUUCUUGCAGUGAUGCAGAAAGAAGCUGCUUUGAAUUUGCUCGUAAUAUCCAAAAUGAAAACAUUGACUUCCAGUCCAUUGGUGACUAUUCAAUUACUGCUGUACUUCAAGAGAAUCUGAGAUCGUCAAUGCUUGAGAAAGAUACAUCAGAAGAAGAGCAAAAAAUUGUCAGUGGUGGCUGGAUAUUCAAAGAAGCAAGUAAGGAUGUUACCCUGCUCAAAAAGAUAACAAAUUUUGAUUCCUGUGUUGUUGCAAGUUAUUUGUCAAAAGGCAUUAUUAAUUCACCUAGUCUAGUAGUAUGGAAAACCUUAUGUAAUCCACUGACAAGAUUCAUGUAUGACGAUACAAUCAAAAAAAUUACUGUUUUAAAGGAAUAUCCCAAUGGACAGAAGCUUAUUCACAUGUACAAUGAAUCAGUUUCUCUUCUUCGGAAAGAAGUUCAAGAUUUUUGCAUCCUUCAGACUGAAAAGAAACAAGGAAAUCAAUAUAUAUUAGGCUUUCAUUCUGUGAAGGAUGACCUUUGCCCUAUUGUAAAAGAUGUUGUUAGAGGCACAAUUAUAGCGAGUGGUUGGAUUGUGGAAAAUGUGCCAGAGAAUCCUCAUUCAAGUGUAGUUUCAUAUCUCGUUCAGAUGAUUGUUAGCAGUCCUGAAACUAGUACAAUGGAGGAUAUCAGUAGCGUUCAAUCUCAGUGCAUCAACAACCUGAGUGUUUAUUUAUCAACAAAACCAGUUUGUUAUUCUCAGAGUGAUGGCAGUAGUUGUUGACAUUUUCAUUAACUGAUGAAGAAUUUCCAGCAUUAUUUGUACAAAUAUUGUUUUAUACUUUUAGAUCAAAUAUUUUAAUACAUUGUUUUUAGCUAAUUAUGUGAUUGAAAUGUCACUUUUUACUUGCUUAGACUAAAUGAGAGUAUCCAACUCUUUCUUUUUCUUAGCUCUUGUGUCAUGUACUGUUUAGUGAAAGUUAGUUA